GUGGCACUCUCACUCACCCACCAACCCAGUUCUAGUUUUCGUGUCUCAACCCCACCGCUGCUACUACCGCUUCCCGUCUAUAUCAUCAACAAACAAUAUCAGACACCACACACUACACACUACUCUCCUCCACUCGUCCCACAUGGCCUCUUCAUCCCAUCUCUCCCUCCUCCUCCUCUUCCUCACCCUAAACCUAACCCUAGCGACGGUGGCGGAGGAAGGGAAAUCCGUCACCACCGCUUCCCCCGAGAAGACUUACAUCUUCCGGGUGGACCACCGCUCCAAGCCCUCCAUCUUCCCCACCCACUCCCACUGGUACGCCUCCUCGGCUUUCGCCGGCGGUGGCGACCCCCUCCCCCUCCUCCACGUCUAUGACACCGUCUUCCACGGCUUCUCCGCCUCCCUUCACCCAGACCGCGCCGCCGAGCUAGCCCGCCACCCCGCCGUCCUCGCCGUCUUCGAGGACCGCCUCCGCCGCCUCCACACCACCCGCUCCCCUCAGUUCCUUGGCCUCCGCACCCAGGUCGGCCUCUGGUCCGACUCCGACUACGGCUCCGAUGUCAUCGUCGGCGUCCUCGACACCGGCAUCUGGCCCGAGCACCGGAGCUUCUCCGACCGCAAUCUUGGCCCCGUCCCCUCCCGCUGGAGCGGCGCCUGCGAGACCGGCCCCGGCUUCCCCGCCUCCCUCUGCAACCGCAAGCUUAUCGGCGCCCGCUAUUUCUCCCAAGGCCACGACUUCAACGCCGCCGUCGGCGGUUCCGGCAUCAACGACACCAUCGAGUUCCGCUCCCCUCGCGACGCCGACGGCCAUGGCACCCACACCGCCUCCACUGCGGCCGGCCGCCACGCCUUCCGCGCCAGCAUGGCUGGCUACGCCGCCGGCAUCGCCAAGGGCGUCGCCCCGAAGGCCCGCAUCGCCGCCUACAAGGUCUGCUGGAAGGGCGCCGGCUGCCUCGACUCCGACAUCCUCGCCGGCUUCGACCGCGCCGUCGCCGACGGCGUCGACGUCAUCUCCGUCUCCAUCGGCAGCGGCGACGGCGUUGCCGCCCCCUACUACCUCGACCCCAUCGCCGUUGGAUCCUUUGGCGCCGUCUCUAAAGGGGUUUUCGUCUCCUCCUCCGCCGGCAACGACGGCCCCAGCCCCAUGUCCGUCACCAACCUCGCUCCCUGGCUCAUCACCGUCGGCGCCGGCACUAUCGACCGGAGCUUCCCUGCUGAGAUCGUCCUCGGCGACGGACGCCGCCUCGCGGGGGUCUCCCUCUACUCCGGCAAACCCCUCGCGGGCGCGAUGCUCCCCCUGGUGUACCCGGGCCAGUCCGGCGGCCUCUCCGCCUCCCUCUGCAUGGAGAACUCUCUGGAUCCUAAGCUGGUGAAGGGCAAGAUCGUGAUCUGCGACCGCGGCAGCAGCCCCCGCGUGGCCAAGGGGAUGGUCGUCAAGGAUGCCGGCGGCGCCGCGAUGAUCCUCGCCAACGGUAACUCGAACAGCGAGGGUCUGGUCGCCGACGCCCACGUGCUGCCCGCCUGCGCCGUCGGCUCCGACGAGGGCGACGCCAUCAAGGCCUACGUCUCCUCCACCGCCAGCCCCACGGCCACGAUGGCCUUCGAGGGGACGAUGGUCGGCGUCAAGCCCGCCCCGGUGGUGGCCUCCUUCUCCGGCCGCGGGCCCAACGGCCUCUGCCCGGAGUUCCUGAAGCCGGACCUCAUCGCCCCGGGGGUUAACAUCCUCGCCGCCUGGACCGACGCCGUGGGGCCGACGGGGCUGGACUCCGAUGGCCGGAAGACGGAGUUCAACAUCCUCUCCGGGACCUCGAUGGCGUGCCCCCACGUAAGCGGCGCGGCGGCGCUCCUCAAAUCGGCAAACCCGGCGUGGAGCCCGGCGGCGAUCCGGUCGGCGAUGAUGACCACGGCGAGCCUCGUCGACAACCGGCAACAGCCGAUCACCGACGAGUCGACCGGCGGGGCCGCGACGCCGCUGGACUUCGGGGCCGGGCACCUGAACCUGGACCGGGCCAUGGACCCCGGUCUUGUGUACGACCUCGGGGACCAGGACUACGUGACCUUCCUCUGCGCCCUGGGGUACGGGCCGAAUGCGAUCCAGGUGAUCACUCACACGCCGGCGAGCUGCCCGGUGAAGAGGCCGGCGGCGGAGAACCUGAACUACCCGUCGAUCUCGGUGGCGUUCGACGGGGCUGGCGGCGGCGCCCAGAGCAAGACGAUACUGCGAACGGUGACGAACGUGGGGGCGAAUGCGGAGGCAGUGUACAAAGCGAAGGUGGAGGUAGUGGGGAAGGGAGCGGCAGUGACGGUGAGACCGGAAAAGCUGGCGUUCACGGCGGGAGUGAAGAAACGGAGCUUCGCUGUGACGGCGACGGCGACUGGAGAAGGGAACGGACCGGACGGAGGGGUGGGGUACGGGUACCUGACGUGGUCGGAUGGGACGCACGAGGUCCGGAGCCCUAUCGUGGUCUCGCGGAUCCAGCCCUUAUAGGGAGGUAAUGCGGUCGGUUGGUGGGGAAACCGGCCGGGUUGGACAUUAAACCGUAUCAGGCCCGGCCCGGCUGGGGCUGGCCCAGGUCAUGUCUCGAAGAAAGCGGGAAAGGGUGCGAGAAAGGGAGCCGGGAAAGGUGAGAAAAUAAAAGGGGGGAUGUUGCGAAGAAAAGAUAGAGUGGGGUAUGGUGUAAAUUAUUAAAGGUUGUGUCCUUUUCUCCUUGCUCACGUGGUGGGCCGAGGGCUACGCCUAAAGGUGGAUAAGGGCCGUUUGCUUGUUAUAGUGUCACUGGGUAUGUGCUCUCGCACUACCGAGUUUUGAUGUUUUAAUUCUAGUGUGUGAUAUUUAUCUUCUGUGAGCUGGCAAAUGAGUUUGGUUUGACAUGUGUUUUCCUUUA